UUGUCAACAGUGUGAACUAGAUAUAUGACAGAAAGUACUAGAAACGGGAAGGAAAAGUAGCAGUAGAAAAUUUUCGAUAUUUUUGCGUUAUAAUUUUCGUUUUUACGUACUUUUUUGAUAUUAAAAAAAGCACGAUUAGUCAUUUCAGUGGCUGGGAGUUGAGACAAUUUUUCAAAAAAAAAACCUAAACAUGACGGAGGACAUGUUAGGUGCGGAUAUAUGUAGAGUGUGUCGAUCAGACGAUCCUGAUAGACCACUCUUUCAUCCUUGUAUUUGUACGGGUAGUAUAAAAUGGAUACAUCAGGAAUGUUUACUUCAAUGGAUGAGAUAUUCGCGAAAGGAAUAUUGCGAACUUUGUGGAUAUCGUUUUUCAUUUGCUCCAAUUUACAGUCCCGAUAUGCCACGACGUUUACCAUUACGAGACGUUAUUGGUGGUUUAUUUUCAAGUAUCGUCACCGCAGUUAAAUAUUGGUUACACUAUACUCUAGUUGCCAUUGCUUGGCUCGGUAUUGUUCCACUAACAGCAUGUCGUAUUUACAGAGUUUUAUUUAGUGGAUCACUUGAUUUAAUACGGAUUUUGUCAUUGCCAAUGGAUAUGAUAUCGACGGAAAAUAUCUCGUCGGACGUGUUUCAUGGUGGACUCGUGAUAAUAUGUAGUCUAGUCGCUUUUAUUGGUUUGGUAUGGUUGCGAGAGCAAAUUUUACAUGCAGGCGGUCCAGAUUGGUUAGAAAGAGAUAAUGUACAAUUGCCACCUGUUGAUAAUCCACCAGCGGUGGAGGGUCAACAACAACAGAAUGAUGAGGAACGUGUGAUUCAUCAGCCAGAGGUACCUGAGAAUAAUAAUAUACCACCUUUUGUCGAUGAACCCCCCGCCGAAGAAGAACCAGGCGACGAAGCAAUUCAUCCGUUGAUUAAUAAUCCAAUGUAUCCGGAGGAAGUGAAUCCAGUUGUUUUUCCCGAAGGAUUAGUGAGAGAGGAGGAAAUUGCCGCUCCUCGUCAAGAAGUAGACAGACCAAAUGGUAGAGUGAUGAGAAAUUUGGCUCAUUUGAGGGCUCAUUUUCAAGGACAAGCAGCUCCAUUACAGGGUCAAGCACAAAUUCAAGGCGAGGCAGAAGAAGCGAAUUGGAAUCCAAUGGAAUGGGAUCGACCAGCGGAGGAACUAACUUGGGAACGUCUUCUCGGUUUAGAUGGAUCUCUACUUUUUCUCGAGCAUGUCUUUUGGGUUAUUUCUCUAAAUACCCUUUUCAUCGUUGUAUUUGCAUUUUGUCCAUAUCAUAUUGGACAUUUUGCAAUAGCAAACAUGGGACUUCAGGAUCACGCAGCAGCCUCUCAUUUUGAGGGACUGGUGACAACGCUCAGUGGUUAUUGUGUAAUUGGCGUGUGUUUGGUGAUAUUACACACGUUGGCCGCACUUUUUGGAUUACGUACAUCGCAACGUAUUCUUGGACUUUGUUACGUUGUCGUAAAAGUCUCAUUACUAUCGGUGGUGGAAAUUGGUGUAUUACCAUUGGUUUGUGGAUGGUGGUUAGAUAUUUGUUCAUUGGCAAUGUUUGACGCCACACUUAAGGAUAGAGAAUCAUCAUUUCGUCAUGCACCAAGUACAUCUAUGUUUAUUCAUUGGCUCGUUGGAAUGGUCUAUAUUUACUAUUUUGCCUCCUUUAUUCUUUUAUUGCGCGAAGUAUUAAGACCCGGUGUUCUUUGGUUUUUGAGAAAUCUUAAUGAUCCUGAUUUUUCGCCAAUACAAGAGAUGGUACAUCUGCCAAUAUUACGACACGUGAGACGACUUGUUGCGUCGGCAGUGAUUUUUGGUACUGCAAUAUUAUUGAUGCUUUGGCUUCCGGUGAGAAUUCUUCGAUGGGCUUGGCCUGGAUUUUUACCUUACACGGUCACUGUUCAAAGUGAAGCUCAGGUGAGUGAAUUGUCGUUGGAAUUGUUAUUGCUGCAAGUGAUUUUGCCGGCUUUAUUGGAGCAAAGUCACACGAGGACUUGGUUGAAGGCAUUGGUGCGAGGAUGGUGUCAAGUGGUGGCUUGGAUUCUUGAUUUGCAAUCGUAUCUGUUGAGAGAUCAAGCGGAAGAUCCAGGACCGGCUAUUGCCGAGGAGCCGCAACAUCCAGAUUUGGGAGCUGCUCAUCAAGCAAUGAUUCAAAGAGAAGCACCGACUGAUUUCCAGCCUUACGUAAGACCACGUUGGUUCCAUGGAAGAUUGAUUGGAUUAUUGCUUUUCGUGUGCGUUUCUCUCGUUAUUGCGAGUUUAAUAGCCAUGACACUUCCCGUUUGGCUUGGACGUCGAGUAAUGGCUUUGUGGAUGGUUGGAGCACCUGCACCGUCGCCUCCAGUUUUACCACCGACAAUACCCACCAGCAAUGGAAGCGGUCCAAUUGUGACAUUAUGCGGAAGAGUUCACGAAGUUUACACAGUUGCUUGUGGAACGUACGUUUGUUGGGCGGCAUUCCGUGGAUUAGCAUUGGCAAUAUCUUGGCUUCCACGUGGUAGACGAGCAAUAAUUGAUCGUAUCAAACAUUGGGCAAUUCUUGGAGCUAAAGCGUCAGUAGCAUUUUUCCUAUUAAUUGGAGUGAUUCCAUUGUUAUUUGGUUUACUUCUAGAGCUUGUUGUUGUGGUUCCAUUGCGUGUACCAUUGGAGCAAAAUCCAAUUCUUUUUAUUUGGCAAGAUUGGGCACUUGGUGUUCUUUAUACAAAAAUAGCAACCGCAUUGACAAUGAUGGGUCCCGAAUGGCGUUUACGUCUUGCAAUUGAAAAAGCCUAUACUGAUGGAAUUCGAGAAAUGGAUUUAAAAUUCAUUGUCACUGAAUUAGCAGCACCGGUAAUAUGUUGUUUUGGUCUUGCUCUUGCAAUUCCUUAUGCCGUCGCUUAUGGAAUUGUUCCUUUAUUAGUGACAAAUAUUCAAACACAAAUUCUAAUAGCUCGACGUCUUUAUCCAUUUCUUUUAUUGGUCAAUGUUGUUUGCAUUGUCAUUCUAUUUCAAAUUCGUCAAUUCAAAAAGCUCUAUGAGCAUAUUAAAAAUGAUAAAUACCUCGUGGGUAAAAGGCUCGUUAAUUAUGAGCACAGAAAUAAGUCACAAUCGCAACAACAACAACAGCAACAACAGAGAUCAAAUUGAUUUUUGAUUCACGAUUUAGAUUUAGCUUCGUGUACAUUCUGAUGAAUCAGCUCGAUUAGUAACGAUAAAUUAAUAACUAAAAAAAAAAAAACGUUACUCGGAUUUUGUUUCUUUAUAGUUUAAUAUAUUUAUCUAAAAGGCGUUAACUUAAUGAAAAGUCUGUUGUUCUUGAGUUUAUCGCUUGUCAGUUGUAUAAUAAUCCACGAUGCUUUAUUUAUAGUCAAUUAUUAACUUAUUUUUUAUUAUCGGGUCAGCGACGAACGGAAAUGGUUUUAUUUUACAGAAUUUCUUUUAAAACAUUACAUUUCGUUUGAAAAUUUAAUAGAGAAAAUUUUUUAACGGAAAAAAAUUGUUUUUAAGAAAGAGCUGAUUGUGGUUUUUUUGUUUUCUUUUUUUAUAAAAAAAAAAAAAAAUUUUUACAUUAAUUUUGGAAUUUGGAUGUAUUUCAAAUUGAAAUAAUGUGAAAUUUAAUGGUUCAGUUAAUAUGGAAGUGUAUGUGUACAAAUAACUGGAUUGAAUAUUGAGAAGGAUUUAGAUUAAUAAUUAAUGUACUAAAGUAUAAUAAUAGUUAUUUGACUUUUCCAUAAAUUCUUUAAAAUUCGAUUGACUUUAGUUUUUGAAAUAAAUCAACUAAGUUCAAAUGAAUUUUAAAGAUAUUCCAUUAAUAAUAAUUAAUAUACCUGAUUAAAAUUAUAGGUCGUUAUCAUAUGAAGUGUAUUUUUUUUUUAUUUUCUAGAGAGAAAAAUUACCGCUCAUAUUUUUUUAACGAAAUAGUUGCUUCAAAUGAGAUCUUUUAAAUUUAUACAUCAAAUUGCAACUUAAAAAAAAGCACUAACUUUAAAUUUCAAUAAGUAUUUUUAAAAAAUAUCAUAAAGGUUUAUUUGAUAUUAAUUGGAAUUGAAAAGAUGAAUAAUGUUAAAAAUAAGAAAAAUUAUUUACGUUUCGAAAAUUUUUAUUCCACCGGUGAAAACUUUUACAAAAUUAAAAUUGCUUUUCGGUACAAUUUUAUUUUUCACAUACAAAUGUGAAUAAUUGAGUUUCCCUCCGUAUUUCUUUUUUUUUUGAGAUCAUUAAAGCCGAUUAAAAAAGAAACAUAUUUGUUUUCAUAUAAAAAUAUAAAAAGUAAAUAUUAUGCAUCUGACUUUGUAAGUACGCAGUUAGAAACAUUGAGCGAAAUAAAUAUAAUCACUUAACAAAAAUAAUAACAUUGUUCUGAGAGUAUGUGUACAUUUCAUAAUAUGUAAUAAUAAAAAUCAAUGGUUAUUAAUACGAAAACCUGUCAAAAUUUUGUGCACUGUUCAUAUUUAACGAAUUAUCAGAAAAUUAAUUUGUUCGUCGUUAAUUUAUAAUACUGAACCCGUUAAAACAAUACAAAAAUAAAACAGUGUAAGAAUUUUCUACGCUGCAGGGAACUUCCUGAAUAAAGAAUAUCUCUUUGUAAAAAUUCCCAUGACUUUUUUUAUUAGCAAUCAGAAAUUUUUUUUUUUGUUAAGAACAUAUUUUGUUGUGUUUUAAUUUUACAAAAUUUGAAUAGGUUUGCACAACUUAAAAAAGCUAUUUUAAAAUAGUUUAUAAAAUAAGUAAGAAAGAAAAGGAAAAUGUAAUUUAUGUAUAUAUUUAUAUACACAUAUAUAUAAGUAAAACUACUUGUAUAAACGCAUUAUUAUGGUGUAUACUUAGAAGAAAUAAAUAAAUAAUAAUAAAAAGAAAACUA